GACGACGACGAAGACGAGGACGAGGACGAGGACAAGAACGAGAGAAGAGAAGACUACGUCGACCGAUGCCGAUCGCCGGUACGGCGACUACUCGCUGCUUGUCCUCGGCCGCUGGCAUGCUGCGCUUCCUCGCUAGACUCUCAGGGAGGCGGCGGCACGUGCGUCGCUUUAGGAGCUGCCUGGACUCCUCCGGGCCAGGUGCUACUGCCGCAGCCGGCCAGCGUGUAGCCGCGGCAGCAGCAACAGCGGCAGCAGCAGCAGCAGCAGCAGUCAUGGAUCCUAAUCAGCGGCAGCAGCAGACGUCCACGGAGCAGGACGACGAUCGGCCGUACUGCUUCCGAUGCCGCUGCCGCUGCUGCUCUUGCAGCUUCCUCGGCCUCGUCGACGAGGACGACGUGGAAACGGUAGCUAAAGCAUCACUACCUCAUAGAACGGCGACGAGCACGUGCAACAACAACAGCAACAGCAGCAACAUCAACAACAUCAACAACAUCAACAACAACAACAAUAUCAAUGGGAGGACCAGCACCACUAGGACAUCAACGACGGCGAGGGCGGCGACGACACGGACAGCGACGACAGCGACGACAGCGACGACGGCGACGACGAGGAGGAAAGCGACGACAAGGAGGAAAGCGAUAACCGCGGCCGACAAUGUACGCUGUAGGAGGCCACCGUACGGGACGACGUCGUCGACAAACGCGUCAUCAACUCCGCCUGGGGAUAAGGACAUCCUGAGUAGAAGGCCGCCUGAACGCAGCCGCCGACUCGGCACACUCGUACCACCUUACCUGGCCACCCUGCUCAUACUAUACUACGGCCUCGUCGGCAUGGCAGACGCGUGCUCGUCGCGCUCGACGCCCAAGCCGAGGCCACCGACGCCGACGCCGCGACCCAACAUCACAUUCCACAUGUACACGUGCCCACCGGACUACGCGGAGUGGUACUGCCUCAACGGGGCCACGUGCUUCACCGUCAAGAUUGUCGACUCGCUGCUCUACAACUGUCUCUGCGCGAACGGCUACAUCGGCCAGAGAUGCGAAUUCAAGGACCUCGACGGCUCUUACCUACCGUCUCGGCAACGCGUCAUGCUCGAAACUGCCAGCAUUGCGGGUGCCGUCACGAUAGCGGUUUUCCUCGCCGUCAUCACCUUCAUCUCCAUUUACAUACACUGUAAACGAAAGCAGAAGGAGCUACGCACGAGCAGCGGCGUUGACGCAGUGGAUGGACCCGGACGAGAUCCCGAGCUCAGGCCAUUCUGCAGUCGCAGUCGCUCCCUCAUGAUAUUCAUGGCGAAGAAUUCAAAUAGCUCGACGACGCCACCGUCGAUAGAACAGACGAGGAUGCCGAACUGGAACUACUCGACGGAGUCGUCGACGCGUAUGACUUGCAUCAACGAAACCAAGCAUCCGAGUCAGUAGAGGCGCUCGCACCUCGAUGAUGGUCUCCUCACCCACCUACUUUCGUCCCGCGGCCUCGUGCCCACGCGCGCCUACAUGCACCAACACGCUUGCGACACAAGUAUAUCCCUCUGAAGGAACGGAGGC